CCAGAUGUACGUGUUCAUGAGCCUAUAGACGCCAUGUUUGAUGUUGACGGCAUCGACAUGCCUACUUUCGGUCUGUGUUGGACUCGUCGCAAGAGACGCUUUGCUAGUGAUCAGACCAGGAAGGCAUACACAGCAUUGAACGAGCAGUUCGAUGCGUACACCGGGGUCAUCUGGCAGCCCUACACGGAAGCAGCCAUACAAGCGAGAUACCCUGCUGGUAUGUCUGUUCUAUGCACAAGGGACCGAGAUUACUGGAUGACAAAAUCGAAUAUCAUCUUCGAUGUCUUCGUCGAGGAGAUGGCACAGCAGAGGGUUAUGAGGCAAUUUGGUCUUCUGCAGUUGGAGCUACCUCCCCCUAUAGAGAACCCGGUGCCAGCACACAUCCACAGAUGGAUUAGUGGCUUCCGUAAGGUCGCAGCUGCCAAGUGGCGCCACACCUCUUUGCCUAUGUCCACACGUGAGCCGCUCAAUCCUGCACAACCAGGGAAGGUGUGGGAGAUGGCUUGUGCCUAG